CAAAUCACUUGAGAUAAAUACUUCUCCCGCCGGUAGACAUACUCUUCUCGCCUCGACUUGACAUCCUUCUCUUUGUGAUAGGACCAUCUACUCUCCAAUCUUAAUGGUCAACACCCUGCAGACGGCCCGACCCGCUUUAUCACAACUUCAUCUCGCCAGACGCGGGCCUGCCCCGAUUCGUAAACAGUUCAUCCAUUCGCCCUGGAUGCCGUCCGAACACGAUAUCUAACCACCGACGGACAUUCGAAGUCCACAUCUCCAAGAUCUCUCGAAUCACGCACUAAGCGCCCUCCAUCCCCAGCUCACACACCAUGGCGCCCCCCAAAUCCACCAGCUCCUCUUUCGCGACCUUCCUAAUAAUCGGUCCAACCUGUUUUUUCCUCGGCAUCCUCUUCUCCCUCUUCCCCUAUGACUACCACGUCCUCUGGGCCACCCCCCGCGCCACCUCCGCCCUCUCCUCCGCCGACUACUUCGACAUCCUCGAAACGCACUUGAAAUUCAUCCACGCGUCGCCGCCGGUCAUUGCGCGCAUCAUGCACAUCGCCAUCGCCACGGGGCUGCUCGGCUUCCUGACCAAGCUGUACAAGCCGUCGGAAAGCAACAUGCUGUUCGACGGCGCGAGCCUGGUGCUGUACAUGGUAGGCGUGAUGGUGUAUCUGUCGAACACGGUGAAGGGGCUGCGGAUCGUGACGGCGGGGGUGUAUGGGGUGGGGGAGGAGCCGGUGGGGCCGGACGGACAGGAGGUGGUGGGAAGGGAGGAUUCGUUGAGGGUGAUGGCGGCGACGAAUACGAUUUUGGCACUGGUGUUGGUGGGGGUGUUGGUGUUGCAGGCGGGACAGUGGUAUGCGGCGCGGAAAGAGGAGACGGAGAUGGCGGAGAUGGAGAGGGUGGAGAGGGUGGAGAAGGAGGGGAAAGGGGGGAAGGCCGGGAGGGAGGAGGGGAGGAAGGGGAGGAGUGGGAAGAAGAGGCAGUGAGGUGGAGGGUUUUUUGGGGGG